UUAGAAGGGGGCAUGGAAUGUUAAUACAGACUUCAUGUUUUUCCUUGACACAUGUGCAUGUGUUGCAGGUGUGAGAGGAGGCACGCACAAUCAUGGUGCAGAAGUACCAGUCACCCGUGCGGGUGUAUAAACACCCCUUCGAAUUAAUUAUGGCUGCCUAUGAGAGGAGGUUCCCUACCUGUCCUUUGAUCCCAAUGUUCGUGGACAGUGACACUGUGAGUGAAUUCAAAAGUGAAGAUGGGGCUAUUCACGUCAUUGAGAGGCGCUGCAAGCUGGACAUAGAUGCCCCCAGGCUACUGAAGAAGAUCGCAGGAGUGGAUUAUGUCUAUUUUGUCCAGAAAAACUCCCUGAAUUCUCGGGAACGUACUUUGCACAUUGAGGCCCACAAUGAAACAUUUUCUAACCGGGUCAUCAUUAAUGAGCACUGCUGCUACACGGUUCACCCCGAGAAUGAAGACUGGACUUGUUUUGAGCAGUCUGCAAGUUUAGAUAUUAAAUCCUUUUUUGGUUUUGAAAGUACAGUGGAAAAAAUCGCAAUGAAACAGUAUACCAGCAACAUUAAGAAAAUCCCUAAGGAUGAGCAUAUUCUUCGGUUCCUACGUGCUCGAGAUUUUAAUAUCGACAAAGCCAGAGAGAUCAUGUGCCAGUCCCUAACGUGGCGGAAGCAGCAUCAGGUAGACUACAUCCUAGACACCUGGACCCCACCCCAGGUCCUUCAGGACUACUACGCGGGAGGCUGGCACCACCAUGACAAAGACGGGCGGCCUCUCUAUGUUCUCAGGCUGGGGCAGAUGGACACCAAAGGCUUGGUGCGAGCCCUCGGAGAGGAGGCCCUGCUGCGAUACGUUCUCUCCAUAAACGAAGAAGGUCUGAGGCGAUGUGAAGAAAAUACCAAAGUCUUUGGACGACCUAUCAGCUCGUGGACCUGCCUGGUGGACCUGGAAGGGCUGAACAUGCGCCACCUGUGGAGGCCAGGGGUCAAAGCCCUGCUGCGGAUCAUCGAGGUGGUAGAAGCCAACUACCCCGAGACCCUGGGCCGCCUCCUCAUCCUCCGCGCCCCCAGGGUCUUCCCAGUCCUCUGGACACUGGUUAGUCCGUUCAUUGAUGACAACACCCGGAGGAAAUUCCUCAUUUAUGCGGGCAAUGACUACCAGGGUCCUGGAGGCCUGCUGGAUUACAUCGAUAAAGAGAUCAUUCCAGACUUCCUGAGUGGGGAGUGCAUGUGUGAAGUGCCAGAGGGUGGACUGGUCCCCAAGUCUCUGUACAGGACUGCAGAGGAGCUGGAGAACGAGGACCUGAAGCUCUGGACGGAGACCAUCUACCAGUCCGCAAGCGUGUUCAAAGGAGCCCCACAUGAGAUCCUCAUUCAGAUUGUGGAUGCCUCCUCGGUGAUCACUUGGGAUUUUGACGUAUGCAAAGGGGACAUUGUCUUUAAUAUCUAUCACUCCAAGAGAGCGCCACAGCCUCCCAAAAAGGAUUCCCUGGGGGCCCACAGCAUUACUUCUCCAGGCGGGAACAACGUGCAGCUCAUAGACAAAGUCUGGCAACUGGGCCGAGACUACAGCAUGGUGGAGUCGCCUCUGAUCUGCAAAGAAGGAGAAAGCGUGCAGGGCUCCCAUGUGACCAGGUGGCCGGGCUUCUACAUCCUGCAGUGGCGGUUCCAUGGCACGCCAGCCUGCGCUGCCACCAACCUGCCCCGGGUGGACGACGUGCUGGCCUCCCUGCAGGUCUCCUCUCACAAGUGCAAAGUCAUGUACUACACGGAGGUCAUCGGCUCCGAGGACUUCAGAGGCUCAAUGACCAGUCUGGAGUCCAGCCACAGCGGGUUCUCCCAGCUGAGCGCCGCCACCACCUCCUCCAGCCAGUCGCACUCCAGCUCCAUGAUUUCCAGAUGGCGAUUUUGCUGACAACUUCCAAGAAAAUGCUCCACUCCACAUGUGCCCAGAGAUGUUUCUAGAACUAUGUGAAUUGCAGCCAUGUCCCCACCCCCAGACUGAAGAUCUGUCCUUUUUAAGUUGAUUCCGAAGUGGCACUGUUCUAGUCCCAAAGAGCUGGGCCCGUCUGAGAGUUGAAAGCACUUGACUGCUAUUUAUGGCCUCCAGGGUUCUCCCGAGUGCUGCCCCCCCCCUU